AUGGCGACAAAGGUCCUUGAUGCGAAACCGCACAAUGCAAAGACUACCUUCACUGACUGUAGAGGUGGCUAUAAUGAAAACGUUCAUCCCUUUAUCUUUGUAUGCGAUCACUGCCCUUCAACCAACUGCCCUUCCCGCAGCGUUUCAAACCCUCGAGAGCUCUCGUCACUUGGUAAUUUCAAGCAGUCGCAAAAUGUCUACCCGCAGAUUCACGAGCACUCUUCUACUUCCACAGCAGUCCAACAUCGGUCUCGAAACACAGACUGCGUUGGGGUGUACGGGCUGAAAAUGAGUAAUAGCGGACAGGACAGAAUUUCACCCAAGGCAAUCAAGGAACUAUUCGAGCGUGGAAUUGGAUCCAGAGAAACCUGUAAGAACCGUUAUAUCUACCCUGAAUUCUACGACAAGAUACGUUGGGAAGAAGUUAAAAGCUAUUCACCCGCGUAUCAGGACAAACUUCGAGAAUUUGUCGGCAAUCCUUCCCGCUUGCUUCCCAUAAGCAGCGAAAGGAAAAGCGCAGAAGGAAAAGCGCAGAAGGAAGGAACAAGAAGGAAACUACCUACCGAAACUCCCCAAACCCUCGACAGCGAUUGCGACCCAUCCGCGUUCGACAUCACCGUCGAGGGUGAUCAGAACCAUUGCUCUCGUGUUAACAUGGCCUGCGGAGCGUUCGCGUUUAGCAGCCUGCGUACCGACCUAGGCGAGCUCGCUCGCGAGCACAAAGGCCCUACACUUAAUAGAAGGGCUGUCAACGGAAGACCAACAAAAAGGCUGCAGAUACUCCCGCACAAAGGGGGGGAACGCAACAGAAAGAAACUCGAAUGGAAGACCGACAAGAAGGCAAUAGAAACUCUUGGACCAAGACAUCACCUGUAA